AUGCAUUUUCCCACUCUCUUUGCCUCUGCAGGCCUCAUCGGCUCUGCCUUUGCUGGCAUCCUACCUCGAUCCUACAGGAUCCCCUCGUCUAACGGCUUUCCCAAUCCCGAUACUGAGCAGCUCAAUGCCAUCAGCCUUCAAGCUGGCGGAAAGCUCCCUGGAUCUCCUCUGCCCACCUCUCUCGGUGAUGGCUCCACAGUAGCUUUCCAGCUCAUUGCCUUUAAUGAGCUCUUUGAGACUGCCUAUUUCAGCUCUCUCCUCUACAACGUCACACAUAACGUAGAGGGCUUCAAGGUAGACGACGAUAAGCGUGCCGAGGCCGAGAAGAUUCUCAAGACUAUCAUUGCUCAAGAGGAGCAGCACGCUAUCGGUGCAUUGGCUACUCUCAAGUCAGCGGGCAAGUUCGCCCCUUCGCCUUGCAAGUACCAAUUCCCCACCACCGAUCUCAAGACAGCUAUCCUGCUGGCCGGUACCUUUACCGAUGCUGUCCUCGGUGCUCUCCAAGACGCAAAUGUCAUCUUCAGCAAGGAGGGCGCUCACGAGGUGGUGCGCCUCGUCUCAUCCGUCAUCGGCCAGGAGGGUGAACAGAACGGCUUCUACCGUCUCUAUCUCGACCAGGUUCCCUCUGAGUCGCCCUUCCUGACCACUGUCCCCGCCGCCUUUGCCUGGUCUGCUCUCCAGGCCUUUGUCGUGCCUGGAUCAUGCACCGAGGACAUCUCUCAGAUCAAGCUCCCCAUCUUCCCUGGCCUGAUGGUCAAUGGUGGUGCCAUCGGUGUUCUGGAGCCCAAGGACCAGACUAUCUCUUUCAGUGCUGAACUCAAGGAGUCCCACAAGGAUGAGGAUCUCUACAUCACCUACACUGUUGGCCAGCAGCUCCCCUACAGCGUCAAGGCCGAGAAUGUCAAGUGGGACGGAAACUCUGUCACUCUUGAUGCCAUGUUCCCCUUCUUCGAGCUCGUUGCUUCAGGUUUCUCCCACGCUGCCUUGACUACUUCUUGCAACAUCUCCACUCCCGACGACGUUCCUAACUACACUCUGGCUGCUCCUGGUCUCAUUCAGGUCCAGAACCCUCUCUGA